AGAUUUUCUUUUAGCAUUUGUCCUAAAACUGCUAGUGCUACUUCAGGAAAUAUUUCAAAUUUAGUUGAGAAUUUAACCAAAGAUAAGUUUUAUAAUACUUUGCGAUUCUAUAAUGAAGCAUAUCUUUUAAAAUUACUUUGGCAAUAUGUUUUCGACUUAAGUAUUAAUCAAAUGUCUCAAAAGGAAAUUCUGAAUAAUCAAACCGAAGUUCUUGAAUUCCUAAGUUUAUGGACAAAGAAAGAACCAAUAGCUCCAAAUUCUUUAUGGUUUGGAGUUUUAGAUCUUACUCAAAGCUUAAGCCAAAAGAUAUCUUAA